ACCACCAUCGUGCAGGAGAAAGAGAAAGGAUCUGCUGGCUAACCUCAGACCCUCAGCCCGCUGCGUGACACAGGACCACAAGCCCAGCCCUCGCUGCCGCCGCCGCUUCCACCACCCAGGCUCCGUCCAGCAGGUACUCCUAUCAUCUCCAACCCCGGUCAGCGGAGAUCGACUGAAGAGCAGGCUCCUCACCGUUCUGUCUUCUCUGUCAUGGCAUCAAACAGCAUCUUUGACUCCUUCUCCAACUACAGCAGCAGUCUACUCAGAGAUUCGCCCACCACCAGACGGUUCCCGCCGCCCUCCACGUCCUUCCCCUGCAGUAAGGUCGGAGACGGCAACGGGGCCAUGGCCACCCCGGGGCCCCACAGGUCACGAUCGGACAGCAGGAACGUGGUGGACGUGCUGGCGGACCACGCCGGAGAGCUGGUCCGGACCGACAGCCCUAAUUUCCUCUGCUCCGUGCUCCCGUCCCACUGGAGGUGCAACAAGACACUGCCCGUGGCUUUCAAGAUCGUGGCUCUCGGUGAUGUCCCCGACGGGACUCUGGUCACCGUGAUGGCCGGGAACGACGAGAACUUUUCGGCUGAGCUGAGGAACGCCUCCGCCGCGAUGAAGAACCAGGUGGCCCGUUUCAACGACCUGCGCUUUGUGGGCAGGAGCGGACGAGGGAAGAGCUUCACUCUGACCAUCACCGUGUUCACCGGACCGCCGCAAGUGGCCACCUACCACCGCGCCAUCAAAGUCACCGUGGAUGGACCCCGAGAACCGCGCAGACACAGAGUGAAGAUGGAAGACCCCCAGAAGAUGCAGUUCUCGGACAGGCUGUCAGAGAUCGAGCGCUACCAGCGGUCGAUGCGGAUAGGACAAGUGAACAAUAAUCCCCGCCCCAUCCACCAAACCCACCUAAGCACCACACAAGCCCUGUGGCAGGAUCAAAUGGACACCCCCGCUCUGAAGACAUGCAAAGUGGAGGAAGACCUGAGACCAUGGCCAGGUAGUACUGACAUCUUCAACCAGAGGAACAGCUUCCCGUCACUGUCGCCACUGACUGACCCUCGCUUCUCAGACCCCCGGAUGCACUACCCCGGGGCCUUCCCCUACUCCUCCAACACCUCCAGCUCCGGCAUCAGCGGCCUCAGCAUGUCGGCCUCUUCUAGAUACCACACCUAUCUGCCGCCGCCUUACUCAAACAACCAGAGCCAGAACUUCCAGUCCAACUCCUACCUGUAUUACGGCGCAGGCUCCGGAUCCUACCAGUUCUCCAUGGUGGCGCCGGGCAACACCGGGGGCGAGCGCUCCCCCACCCGCCUGCUGUCCUGCUCCGGGGCCACGGGAGGGACCAACAGCCUGAUGAACCAGGGCCUGAACAACCAGAGCGAGGGCGUGGAGGCCGACGGCAGCCACAGCAACUCCCCCACCACCAUGAGCGCCUCGGGCCGCUUGGACGAGUCCGUCUGGAGGCCUUACUGACUGACAGACGGCUAGACAAUCAGAGGGGUGCAGUGAGGGCGGAAAAGUAAAGAGGAUAAUGAACAAAAAAACACUGAAAGCAACAAAAAAAGCAAAAAAAAAAGAGAGAAAUGCUGCAUGUUUUUCUUUUAUUUCUCCGGCAAUAGCUUUAAAAACAGUUUUUAGCAACUCUGUCAAGACAUCCAUGUAUUUUGUACAUUUCUGAGUAAACUCCUGCACUGUGCUGAAACAUGUACUCUUAAAAAGGACUAUCAAAGCCAUAGAAGUGAGGAAGAUGUUCAGCUGAAACUGUAAAUAGACAUGAAGGCAGAACCAGAAAAGCCAUAGCAAUGAAACGUUUCAGCGUCCUUUGUCCGAUGUAAACAGGUACUGAUGAAAGAACAGAAGACGAUGGAGGCAUGAUCCAUCAGUACAGCUGAUGAAGUGAAAAACCACAGCAACAGUCGGACUGGACUGAGUGACUGACAUCCUUCCAAGGCACCGCUGCACUGCUGUAGCAAACAGCCUUUUAAAGCUUUACAUUUGUGUAAAAGUUGAAUAUUACGUCAGUUGUGAAAACUUGUUCAGUUUCAUCCAGGGCUAUGUGCUCACAGUACUUAUGCAGUACCUUAUUGCCUAAUUUAUUAUCCGAAUGGACACAUUAGCCUUUGGUGCUACAGUGUGCAGUUGACCUUUCAACACAAUCGCUGCAUCUUUCAGAGUAAAGCAUUUUAUCCGUCACAUGUUUAAUGAUACAUUCUCCUCUGCCGCGUCACCAGUGUAUCGAGUUUCAACAGGACAAUGGCUGAUAUUUGGAGGAAUGUAAAAGACUUAUGCAGAGGGGGGUUCAUUUGUUUCUUUUUCUGCAGGAAUAUGUAAGUCCUGCUGUGUCAACUCUGUUUCUUACAUUUCUAUCCAAGCUCUUUUCUGAAAAAUAAGUCUUGGUCUGGUAUUUUUUUAACUGGAUGACACGGUUUACUUUUGAUAUUUAUUUGAGCCAAAUUGUGAGGAAAUGUGCACGUAUACCCAACAUCCUUAAGCAUUUCUCACUAGUUUCCUUUUUAUAUAUAUACAGUAUAUAUGCCUUAUUUUGUUGUUAAGUAUACAUUUGGAAUUUGUGUAAUAUAUUGCUACUAAAUUAUGAAAAAAACUAAACAUUUAAUGUAAUUAUUUUGUUUUCCAAUGUAGCUUUGAUGCACUAAAAAACUUUUAUUCCUUAUGAACCACGCCCAACAGAUUCUGUUAGUGAGAAGGUGUAUCGAGCCCUUAUCCUUUAGACAAUUUCCAAUUUGCCUUUCUGCGCUAAAUAAGCCAUUUGCUUCAUUUUUUGCACUAUGUUUGUUUUUCUUUUUUGGUUAUGUAUUUACAAAUAUCUGAAACUAUGCCAAAGUAAAUAUUGAAAUAUUCCGUCACGUGUAUUUGCUGAACACACUUAUGUGUCCUUUUGUAAGAAACCCAUCGCCAAGUAACUAAUGAUGUCAUGAUUAGACACAUUCACACACACACAUUCCUGCACCACAGGUGUGUGUGCACAUUCCCCCCGUCCUGAGGGCCUUUCGCCUGCAGGUACACAUGUGAUCCCUCCAUCCCUGGUUAGGAAGAGUGUGAGGAUGAAGGGAUAGAAAGAGGAGGAGGGGGCACAGCGGUAUCUUCUUACCAACACCAAAGGCAGUUAUGCAAAGGAAAACCCCCUUGUUGUUCCAGGUCCCUUUGUUCUGUAUAAUCAGUGAAGGCUUUGAAGCCUGGUCCCGAUUUAGACAUGUUUGGUCUAAUUGACUGAUCAGCAGCAGCUCAUGCUGUACCAAUCAUGUAUAUGCCUGCACAAAAGGCAGAUAUCAUACAUCUCAUAUCUACUAGAAGACUCAUUCACAAGAGAGAAUACAUCUGAAGUAUGGAAUAUAUGUAGUUCCUACAAAAGUUAGAUAUCAUUUUUGAAUGACCCAUAAAAGCGUGCACUUGCAGCUCAGGUAAAACAAAUGUGCAAAGUGUUUUGUAGAUCUCACAUGAAGACAAUCAGUAACAAUGUGUCAUUCCUAUCUCCCUCUGAUCAGGAGGGAAAGCGUGUAUCCCUGCUCCCUCCUCUGAAGCCUUUUUACGGUAGAGGACCUACUUUAUUAUGGGCAAAAAUCAUGCAGCUAGAGAAACCACAUGUGUACUUAUAUCCAUGUGGUUCCUUCAAGAAAACCAAAGAUCUUCACAACUGCCUGUAAUAACGUCAGGAUGACUUUUAAUAGCAUUCUUUAUGCAAAACUAGGAAGCCAAAUUGUACAAGUGAUGUGUAUUUUAUUGUAUAUUAGAUUAAAGAGCACAAUGUAACUUUUUCUGUUUUGUUCAUCUUUUUUAUAAAGAUGCCCCUUUUCAUAUACCAUCAUCUUUGCUCCUUUCAUUUCUCCUGAUGCUCAAGCAUGUACAUCUGAAACUGAUAUGUUAAUUUAAGAAUCUCAUCCGUGUAUGUAAUGAUGUUGUUGAUGCCUACAUAUUGAGUGCUUGUAAAGUUUGCGGAUAAUGUCGUUUUGAAUCAUUUUAAUUAAAAAACACAUGUCUCAC